CGUCUGGUCCAUGCUGUGACCCUGGGGUAAGAUCUGUACCUCUCGUUUUAUAUACUGGCCAUUGUCCCGUCGUCAUCUCCUCCAGCAUGGGAUCUAGAUUCGUGGGUUUCUAGGCAGUCUCGUGUUUCUUCAGGGCGGCUGGCUUUCCAAAAUGUCCGUCGCGAAUGCUGGCUUAGCUGUAGCUGCCACAGCUCCACAGGCAGAAGAUGCGACGAGAGCUCCUGAGCUAGACGACCUCGAGGAGGAACACCCUAUUGCGCCUGACCAAUUCGACCCAAGAUACGAGACGACCAGGUGGGAACGAUGGGCUUACUACUGCUACUAUAUCGGAAACAACGGUCUUACCCUAUUCAACUUCGCGCCCACUUCAUUUCAAGACCUCCUGUACGAGGCUGCGGGUGACAGUGAGCGAUUACAGUUUCUGGGUUCUUACCGAACGAUCAACAGUAUUGUCCUACUUGCCAAUGGUAUCUCCUUUGCAAUCCAGGUCGUCUUGUUCCUGUUCAUCGGCAGCAUGGCAGAUUACGGACGAUGGCGACCCUGGAUCUUGGUUUUCUGGUCCAUCGUUGCUUUUGCCAUUGGUUUCGCCUGGCUUGGGGUCCACACAGAGGACAAAUGGCCUACGGCAACCGGGCUUUACAUGGUCGGAUUGAUUGCAUACCAAAUGUGUAUUACCUUUUGGACCGCCGCGUUUCCGGGCCUUGCCCGCAACGAACCGGAAAUGCGCGUUAAGGCAGAGCAGUAUGAACGCGGAGAAAUCAGUCGAGAUGACUACGACUUUGCGGAUAUGAUGCAACGUAACCGAAUCUACAAUGUGGCUUUCAUCAUGCAAAGUGCAGGAGAAAUAAUCAUUCUGGCUGUACUUGUUGGCAUACUCUUCGCACUGGAUGUCAACGCAAGUGCGGCCAAUAACUUAUGGGGUCUGUCUGUCCUCAUCGCUUAUGCAACCGGAGUAUGGAUCCUGCUUGCCAUACCAUGGUUCAUCUUGGAAAAGAAGCGACCGGGACAGAUGCUUCCACCUGGAAUGAACCUGGUCAGUGUUGGGUUCUGGAACAUUUGGCGUGCAUUGGUACAGAUCUGGGAGUUGAAGCAAAGUUUGUUAUACUUGAUCGGUUAUUUUCUGCUUGGAGAUAGCCUGAAUACGACGGUCACCGUAAUCGCCACACUCCAGAACACUGUUGUCUCGUACAACACCCUCACUCUCACAUACCUCCUCAUUGUCGGUAUCGCAGCCCAAGGCGCUGGUAUACUGGGCUACUGGCUCAUCCAGAAACGCUUCCGACUCAGCACCAAGACCAUGUUUGACUUUGUCAUGCUGGGCAUUCUUCUCCUCGAUGGCUGGGGUAUGAUUGGAAUCUGGACCCACAAGUUCGGCUUUCAUAACGAAUGGGAGUUUUGGCUGUAUCAAGUCAUCUACGGCAUAUUUGUUUGCCAGUGGUACGCUUAUUCUCAGACCAUGAUCAGUGAGGUUACGCCCCGAGGAAAAGAGUUUCUGUUUUUCAGCCUGUAUUCGAUCAUGGGCAAGACGUCCGCUUUCAUUGGACCCAUCGUGUCCAGCGCCAUCAUCGAUGCCAGCCCGUCCGGAAACAAUAGCCUACCAUUUUACUUUUUGUUUGGCCUGAGCUUGCUGAGCUUCCUGCUCUUGUUCUUCUUUGUAGACCUGAAGAAGAGUCGUAGGGAACAGGAAGUGUUCCUGGCAAAGGAGAAGGCUGCAAAGGAACGACGGGCGAGCUUUGUCGCAUUCAGCACAGGAAGACCAGUGGAAGACCACGACGUCGGUACUACAAGAAGUACCAAAACAGGAAGAAAGGCGGCCCUGGGCAACAACGCAGAUACUGGCAGUGGGAGCUCGAAGAGCCUCGAAGCACAGGAGAUGAAGACGUGAUUGGAUCAUAGAUAAGGGCUAACCUACAGGGUUUGUCUUCAAAAUUCACUAUCAUCAUCAAGAGCGCGUUUCAGCCUCGUCUGAGCACAAGUCACGCGAUCAUAUUCGAAGUUCAUCCCUAGCCAGGGCGGGAUACUGUUAUCAAGGUGUUAAACAGGCACGCGGCUAUGAAUGUGAAGCUGGGCAUGAGUCAUGAGGGCGCUGAGCCUAUACAACUGU